AUGACUGCUUUUUUUGAUUCUUUUACGGUUUUCCUUUAUGAAAAAAACAAUACUUAUGAUGGUGAAGUCGUCUUUAAUGAUCUUAAAAUUGGACACAUUAAGUUUCUUAUCUGUCGUGAAAAAGAUAUUAAAAUUAAUAAUUAUAAUGACCUAAACCUUUGGAAGGCUGACUUCUCUUAUGGUUAUAAUCUUAAAGAUCUUACUGAAGAACAAAUUUGUAAAGAUAGCGAACAGUUGGUGCCUAUCAUCUAUUUUAAAGAAUAUUUUCUGGAUCAAGAUGCGGUUGACAAAAUCAAGGAUGCCGUUGAUAUUGCCUUAAAGGGGUCUAAUAAGAAUACUGAUAUUAUUAGACCUGAUAAUAAAAUGCCUUUUAUGGAACGUAACACCGAUCAAGUAAUUUUAGAGAUUAUGAAAAAUAUUCAGAACCAUCUUCAAGGUUCUAAGGCCAAAACAGAUUUUAACAUCCUUGUCAGUGGUAGGGCUCCUGGAAUAGACUUCGGUAAUAGUUGUAAACUUGAUUCAUAUGAUGAUGAACUAACUCCAACAGUCAUCAUUGGCCUGCGAAUUGCCUAUGUGUUUUUCAUUGAAGGAAAAUAUACUAUGAAUAUUUAUAACCUCCAACUCAAUCGACAUAUCAUUGUAUUUAUUCAUAUUGACGAGUUUCAGCUCAUCAAUCAGUGGGAGUUUAACGCAGUCAACAAAAGGAAAGUUUUAGCAAAAGAGCUCUUUAAGGAAAUGAUCAAUGGCCUUGCAUCGUACAUGCUUGGUCCACCCUCCCUUAUCUAUGUCCAGACAUUUCUUUCUGGAACAGCACCACAAGUUGUUAUUGCUGCGAAAGAAUCAUCAAAGGUUUCAUUUAGAUUUGCCAAUUGCCCACAACUGUUAUUCAGAGCAAUGCUUAAUAUUGCAAAUCAUUAUGCACAAAAAUACGGUGCAGAAAAAUUCGACUGUGAACGCUACAACAUAUACGGAACCAUCGAGAAGAAUAAAAAACUUGCUUUAGAGCUUCUUUAUCACAGUAUCGAUGCAAUUCCUGUUAAAUGCAAAACAUGCCUGAAUCCAAGCGAUGAAGACUAUACGAUCAAAAACCUCGAACGUGACGCACAUAUUAUUCUCAGUCCCUGCAAUGAUACUUUCUCUGAAUUUACCAUCAAGAUGCCUUUCUUUUUUGUCUGCUUAUACAACGACAAAUUAAAAAUCGUGGACUUCAGUUUUGAAGAGACAUUUCGGAUGCAAAACACUAUGCAUUGGCAAGAUUGGGAACUUUUUGUGACACUCUACGAGACAUUUCGCACCAACUUGCUAAUGGAACGUGGAAAACGUACGGUACAUCUGGAGUUAUAUCGUGGUGUCUUUGGAGCUGUAUCGGCCAAGAAUAUUGAGGAGGAAGGUGAAGUUGUGGUUGUCAAUGGUGCAUCUGCUGAAUGGGGAGAUUCAUUCAGAGUUUUGCAAACAGUUCAAGGUGAUCGUCUCUUUAGUAUUCACCAAGCCAAAUAUGACUAUAACUCAGCCACAUACACUUUAAAAGAUCUUCUCAAAGAACACAUUAAGAAUUAUGUUACUUCUAUUAAUACUAAAAAAGAGCUUUUCGAUAAACUUGCUAAUAAUUUUGAACAAUACUUUGGUCCUGUAUUUUCUUUUCGUGCUACAUUUGCCUUGACAAAAAACAUCAACCCUAACUUUUCAGAAUCACAAAGGAUGGUGAAAUGCCUUUCCGGGGUUGGUGAUGUCACAGCUGAAGAGAUUAUUAUAAAUCGACCAUAUAAAAGUGAGGAUGACUUCUUUAAAAAUCAUGGUCAGGCUAAACGAGGCAUAGAGAAGAAUGAGCAUGAGAAUCCCAAAAAGAAAAUCAAACUUGACUUCUACCCAUUUAAUGUGCAAAAAAUAAGUUAA